AUGUUUGUCAGAGUGAAAGGAUGCCGACCGAUGACCUUCCAGCAUUUGACGGCCCGUAUGUUUGAAAGCGCAAAAACAAACGCUGGAAUGGUCGAUCAAACCAUUUUUAAAACGGCGCAAAGAUACGGGUUCAAUUCUCUUUACUUCGACGAGAUGAGCUUGGAAAUUGUCAAUGAUUACGUUCAAUACGUGCGACCCCUGCUGAAACCACAAUGUGAAUAUUUGCUUUUAAAUCGAAGCGGUAGUCAAUUUCAGAAGCUCACUGAGUUACUUAGCGUUCUCGUGUUUGAAGCGAUAGGCAAGUACAUUCACCCAACGAGGUACAGGCAGAUUAUCGAAACGGAGAGCGUAAACAAUUUAGAUUUGGAAGAACAACAAUUGGUAUCCGAGGACCAAAAACAUAGCUCAAACGUGGCGAGAGUUGACUAUCAGAAGCUGCGGUCUCGGGAAGUAGCGUUAAAGGGACGAUCAUGCAUGGAAGAACUGCGCGGGGACCAUGGCAGAGCAAUGGACAUUUCGGCGUACAGCAAUUGA